AUGGCCAAAUCCGGUGCCCGUAAGGAGGCGGCGCCAGUCCGGUCACCGGCGACCUCGCCGCCGCAGCACUUCCCCGGCCCGGCAAGCUCGUACGCGAGCGGCUCGGCACAACAACUCUUCUACCCGGGCGCCCCGACGUGCUCCUCCGCCAAUACCUCGACGCCGCCGCCGCACCUGUACCCACCCCUCAUGGAGACCUCCUCUCCCAACCCUACAUGGAGGCCAAUGUACACCGCUGCACCUGAAAGCUUGCUAAAUUUUGGGCAAUUCCCUCCAAUGCAUCCUUAUAAUUUUCGACCUCCGCCGGUCCACUAUCCAGAACAAGGACACGGCAAUUUGGAGAAUUUGCACUUUGUUGGGGCUUCUCCACACGAUUCCUUUUCAACACCACCACCGGCACCGCACCCUAAAGUCGCAUCUCGGUCUGGUCCUGCAAAAGUGGAUUCGACAUCUUCCAAAAAGAAAAGGAAGACCAUCAAUGUAGAUGAAGAAGAAUUGGGAGAAAGGACCGCAUAUCGUCUGCCCUAUACACCCGAGGAACAUGACAGACUGGCUGGUGCUUGGCUAGAGUGUUCACUGAAUCCCAUCGAUGGGAACGGAAAGAAGGGUGAGCAGUUCUGGGAUGACAUUGCUGCUCUCUACAAUGGUGCCACACCAAGUAACCGGAAGAGAGAUCGCAAUCAGUUGAAGAUGGAAUGGCAAAGGACCAAGAAAAAGCUCGGUGCUUUCCAUGGGGAGUGGAUUGCUGUUAUGGGAGUGUAUCAUAGUGGUCACAACAGUCAUGACCUACAAAAAAUGGCCUUGGAGAAGUACGAACGCAACUAUCAUCAGCCUUUCCAACAUUUAACUAUGUGGGAAAAACUUAAGGAUGAUAGCAAAUGGCUAACCUCUUACAAACACAUGACUGCAAAAAAAGGUAACAUGACAGAUAGCAAUACCACAUCAAAUAUGAUCAACUUGGAGGCUGAGGAGCGCCCAAAAGUUGGCCGUGAUAAGGCUAAGCUUGAACGUGCUGGUAAAGGCAAGUCAGGAGGGCUCUCGCAAGAGCUUGGAGAAAGAUUGGACAAAUUCAUCGAGGUUAACAAUCAAUCGAUGGAGGACCGUCAAAAGGUGAUAAAUAGCCAGGUUCUUUUAUCAAAUCAACAACUUGAAACUGCAAAGAUCAACAACAAGACAAAAAUGUUGGAUGUUUAUUCCAAAAUGCUUUUAGCGGACACAUCUAAGAUGGAUGAUGGUGAAAAGGCCCGGCGUGCAAAGGCUUUGAGUAAUAUGGAGGCCAUGUUAUUUUCUUGAAGGAGAUGCAGGUGAUUGAAGGGAAAGAAGUGGUGCACUACGAAGCAUAUUAGAAGUUAGCUCGGUCAGUUUGUUGUGUGAACCUGAUGGAUCGUUCAUCACUUUUGGUGUCGGGUCAGUUUAUUUUGUAAACCAUGGAUUGUUAUUGUGUGUACCUGGUGGAUUUUUAAUUGUGUACCUGAUGGACCGAUCAGCUACUCUAGAAUUGAUGUGAACGUGGUGUUUUGCUGUUAGCUUUUGGACUGAUCAGCUACUAUUGCCAGUUACCUUUUUAA